UCAGGGAAGAUAGAAAGGCGAUAGGGGGGUUCUCGUAGCACGGUUUUACACCUUGCCUUGUAGUCACUAUAGCUUAUUCCAUCCAAUUUCACACCUUAGAAAGAUCCGGUGCAUUUUACAUGAGCCAAUAGGCGCAUCCUUGGACCUGUAGUUUGUGAACUAGUGCACUUCUGGGCUGGGCUUUGUUGCCUUUUCAAUAGCGCCACCUUAUCCAUCAAUAGUGUCUCCUGUUAAUUGUUAUUGGUCAAGAGGAGUUUAUAACGUGUGACAACCGCUGUGUGGCCAGUUCACUGAAACAGACAGGGAGAACAGGCCACUUCGUCAGUCAUUUUAAUCCGUUUAAGUGAAGUCUGGGGUGUUCUUAAAAAUGGGCGAGACAUCUACUAAAACCAAACUUGACAGCGGAGAGGGCUUCCAGAAAACACAGGAGGGUUUGACUAAUGAGAAAAGAAGGAAGUCGCGACACAGCCGGAAGGACGGCAAACCGCCCUACUCGUACAUUGCUCUCAUAGCAAUGGCGAUAGUUGAGGCCCCGGACAAGAGGCGUACACUCAGUGAAAUUGUUGAGUUCAUAAAGCGGCGGUUUAGCUAUUACCGAGGCGACUGCCCGAUCAAGGGAUGGCAGAAUUCCAUCAGACAUAACCUCUCGCUGAAUGACUGUUUCAUUAAGACAUGGAGAGACCCCACAAACCCCAGCAAGGGGCAUCUAUGGACAUUGCACCCCAACAGCGUGGAUAUGUUUGAAGGUGGGAGCUUCAUGAGGAGAAAAACUCGCUUCAAGAGAAACCACCAAAGACAGGAUACUACGCAAAGUGGACGAGUAGAGACCGCAGUAAAGAGAGAACCCCGGGAACCCAGCCCUAUUUCAUUGCCGGAGUCAAGCUAUGCGGAUAGAACUCCGGUGGCGUUUAGUCACAGUAUAUCGCCUUACAAUCCCAGGCUACCUAUUGUUCACCCGACUCUCCUCGCGCCAAGGCCUAUCAGGGUUUCGCCCGCGAUGCCAACUUUUAUUACAGUAGACAGGUCGUACUCUUAUCGGAACACUUCUCUGUGCUCGCCAGAGUUUACCCCAAGAAUGGCUUUGGAGAGUUUUCGAUGGCAUCCGUACGGAGGUCGUCCUUUUCAAGCGAGUGCGAUGGAGCCGUCGCCGACGCGUUGUUUUCAGUGUACAGGGUGUAGCUGCGACAUUUGCUGAGUGUAAAAUAUCGGGCAAAUCGGUUAAAUUUAAUUUUCUAACACAGACACAUACAAACCAAGUUAACGGUUGGCCAAUUGACCGACCUUCACAUGAAAAGGUUUGAAAACUAACAAUUGCGUAGCAAAGGACUAUAAAAACAAUGCACCGAAAAUGGAUAUUACUUAUAAUGGUACUAGACACCAAAGAUGGGGCUAUAUAGUAGUACAAGGCAUCCUGUUGCAAUAAAUCCAUCGUUGCUAUAAAAAUUGAGUGAAAGCGAGAAGCACAAUAAGAAGACCAACUUGAACUGCCACUUGGCCCCCGAGGCGAAAAGUUAUAAAAACAAUCUGACGUCUAAAAACACCGGCACAAACACUAAGAUAACUAGAGGUUUAGAUAGUGUAGUCAAGAAUUGUAACAAGAUAUAAUGUCAAAAGAAGAGUUUUUGGUUUGUUAGUCAAAAACCGACAAUUCUUGUAUUACUCGAGUACCCUUUAGAGUUUUUCUUUUCGGUGACAAAGUACUCGACCAAUGUUUAUUUUUCUUGUUCUAAGUGAAGUGCGAAGUAUUAAGUCCUUAAUAAAGUGACCCCUAGCACGUUGAGCUUAACUCUC